AUGGUCCUGCGGAUGCAGAACCUUGAAGCCCCCCAGCCCGGAGCGCCGGCCGGCGAACGCCAGACAUUCGCCAAUACAUUCUCCCGCUACGUAACGGUUAAGGAAGAGCACGCCGAGAAGUGCAAGGAAGAAUUGCGCAUCCUGUGGGCCGACUACGCUUGGCCGAAUACCGACGCCAACGAAAUCGCCGGGAAGUUCAAUUCCGCAAUGAAACUGGCCGGUCAGUGCAAGCAGACGGUGAACAUGGAUAACGCUGAAGCGCUGGUUGCUGCUUGCGACGAUAUCGCAUCCGCAUUUUGGUCGACCAAAAACGUGGACUACAGUGAUCCCAACGCCGCCGCCCGCUACGGAGCGUAG